AUGGCUACUACAAUCAAGCUACCAUACUACGCGGUUGAUUUGCCUUGCCGACUUCCUACAGAAGCUGAGAUCGACGAGGCACCCGAUAUUUCCUUGGCAUACGGAGGACGGAGAGUCGUUGCCGUUGAGCCCCAUUUGGUGGUGAAGUUUGGAAUGGGAGUCGACCUGCUUGAGGGAGAGAACAUGAUAUUUGUUGGUGAGAACACGAGCAUACGUGUCCCUCGAGUCUAUGCGCUGUAUGCAAACACGAAUACUGGGAAGAAAUACAUCGUCAUGGAACGGAUUGCUGGCCAGACCCUCUUGUCAUCAUGGUCGCGGCUAAGCCUCUCGGAAAAGGAGUCUGUCACCACUACGCUGCGUCGAUACUUUACCGAGCUACGAAAGCUUUCGCCGCCGAGCUAUUACGGUAGUCUGGGCAAACGAUCUCUGCUCGACGAGAUAUUCUGGACGCGGAAUCCGGAGCCGGCCAUCAAUGGCCCAUUCACCUCUAACGAGGACCUCAUCGAAGCGAUGGCCAAAAAACAUACCCACGACUUUGGCCCUUCAUACAGAGCAGACUUCCUUCGCCAGUGUCUCCCACGUGUCCUCCGUGAUCAGCGCCCAACAUUCACUCAUGGUGACUUUCAGAGAAAAAAUAUAAUGCUGCAAGUUAAAGAAGGGGAUGCCGGCGAUGAUAGCGCUGAACUGCAGGUUGUCGUUCUUGACUGGGAGAAGUCAGGUUGGUAUCCAGCUUACUGGGAGUAUUGCCUGGCUAUAUGUGCAUUAUGA